ACUUAAAGAUCAGAAAAAAGAGAGGAAGAAAAUGGAGUAUGGUGAAGAGAUAGACAUCAUCAUAGUUGGAGGAGGGAUUUGUGGUUUGGCUACCGCACUUGCCCUUCACAGGAAGGGAAUCAAAAGCUUAGUUCUGGAAAGAUCGGAGACUCUUCGGGAAACCGGAGCUGCUAUCGGUAUUCAUACCAAUGGAUGGCGUGCUCUUGAUCAGCUUGGCGUUGCUUCAAAGCUCCGCCAGACUGCUCUUCCCAUUCAAAGGCAACGUGACAUAUGGCUUUACAGGAACAAGGAAGAAACCAUAAAACCUCUGUAAAACUUCACUCUUUUUCUGUUUUUUAUUUUUUUUUUUCUUUAUUACUACAUCAGUUCCAUAAUAACAGUUUUUUUAACUA